AUGGACCACUGGGAUGUCAAUGCACGACGCAAGAAGCUGCAAGUCCUCGGCUUUGAUAAUCGAGGUGUUGGUGGCAGUGAUGCCCCAUUAACACGCUAUACGACGAGUCCAAUGGCUCAAGACACAUUGAAAUUGCUGGACCAUGUUGGAUGGUACUCGGCACAUUUUAUAGGUGGAAGCAUGGGUGGUAUGAUUGCUCUUAAACUAGCAGCGAGAUGGCCAAAGCGAGUGCGUUCGUUGACGCUAGCGAUCACAAUGCGUGGGGCGUAUGUGCCACAUCCAAGGGCGUGGAAACCUUUCCUUGGAUCGAUUCUUGGUAGAUCAAUGCACUGCGUCAUGGAGCUUCUGUACCCGAGUACGAUCCUUGACAAACCCAUUGAAGAUUGUAAGGAUCUUAAUGUGCAAGAUGUGCUCAUAAAUUACCACGCAACACCGCAGUCUGACAACGCUUUGCCUCCGCUGUGCGCGCUGAUUGCUCAAGGUAUGGCGUGCUUGACACACUACGUCUCGGAACUUAUCGCCAAGUCGGGCUUUCCGAUCUUCAUUAUCGGAAGUAAGCAAGACAUUUGA